AUGAGCGGCGACGCAAAGCCGACAGAACAGCCGGCCCAGGCCGCGCCCGAGGUCAAGGUAUCCUCGGCUGACCCUCCCCCGGCACUCGACACGAAGAGCGACGAGCCGAUGGACCUGAACUCUGCGCUCGAGCAGAUGGCCAAGGCGCGUGCGGCGCAGUACGCCGCCGACCGGCAGCCGAAGAAGGAAGUCACGUACGAGGAGUUCCAGAAGAUGAUUGACUCGACGCCGCUGUUUAUGCGCGAGACGCCGAAGGAGUCCGGCGAGGAUAACUAUGUGCUCGAGGCGCUCAAGUCGAUGAUGUUCGAUGGUGACGGGGACGAGGUUGCUCUCAACUUCAAGAACCACGGUAACGAGCUGUACGCGCAGAAGAGCUACAAGGACGCGAUUCAGGCGUAUACGCAGGGACUGGACGCCGGACCGAAGGAUGCCGCGCUGCGCACCUCGUUGCUGAACAACCGGGCAGCUUGUAACGUUGCGCUGAAGAACUUCGGUGCUGUCCUGAAGGACACCUCUGCGAUUAUUGCGCUCGCCGCCUCCGCCGACCCGCCCGUGAACCCGCCACCGAAGGCGCUGUACCGGAGUGCGCAGGCGCUCUCAGCUCUGGAGAAGUGGGACGAGGCUCUUGACGCUAUCAAGCGUGGUUCUGAGCUGCCAGGGGAAGACAAGAAGAAGGAGUGGGGCGUCUUGAAGUCUCAGGUUGAGCUGGGCAAGAAGCGCGCGGAGGAGCGGAAGGAGCGCGAGCGCCGGAAGCCGCUGUACGAUGCCUCCCUUAGGGCGGCGGUGAAGGACCGCGGUCUCGUUGUGAUUAACACCCCCGAGCCGCCCGACAACCCGCAUCCCCUUGACUUUGACCCGAACGGCGUCGAAGAGGUCCCCCUCUCCCCUCCCUCUGUCGCCGAGAAGUGGCAGCCGCCGAAUCCCGAGACGACCCCGCUCAUCUUCCCCACCUUCCUCCUCUACCCGCAGCACAACAUGUCCGACCUCAUCACGCACUUCCACGAGCUGACGAGUUUCGACCAGCAGCUCGGUGCCAUUUUCCCCGCCUCGCCUGAGGACACCAGCGUGCCUUGGGCAGACUGGGACACGAAGCACGAGUACUACGUCUCCAACCUUGCCGUGUACGCUGAGACGAAGGGCAAGCGCCUGCUCAAGUGCGGCAAGGGCAUUUGGCUCCGCGACGUCAUCGAGAAGGCGAAGAAGGUCGAGGGAGGCAAGCUGACCGACGGCAUCGUGCUCCGUGACGGACUCCUCAGCUUUGUUGUCCUCGUCCGUGGCAAGGAGGAGAAGGAGUGGAUCGAAAACUUCAAGAAGGUUCGCGACGGAAAGUAG